AUGUUUGGUAUGGAAAAUGAUCGUGGUUUGAGAAGGUUGAAUCUGGGUAUUGUCUUGAUGUUGGCUGCUUCUGCUACAUCGGGGUAUAAUGCUAGUCAGAUUAAUAGUUUGCUCGUGUUACCGGAGUUCUUGGAUUUUAUCAAUGAUCUUAACUCCAACUUUCAGGGUUUGAUCAUUGCGGCGGUUUCUCUAGGUGCCUUCAUAUCGUUUAUUCCUGCAUCCUUCGUCGCGGAUCAAUAUGGUCGUCGGGUUUCUGUGUUUCUAGGAGCAACACUCGUCAUCUUUGCCGCUAUUAUCCAGGUGGCAGUCAAGCAUCCUUGGGUGUUUUUCGGUGCCCGGAUGGUAACAGGUGUAGGUGUUGGGUUCUCACAAACUGCCGCACCGCUCCUUAUUGCCGAAGCAGCUCAUCCGCGUCAACGGAGAGUCCUAACAGGACUGUACAACGCAGUAUGGUUCUGUGGAUCUAUCACAGCAGCUGGUGUCGCAUUCUCAACCUUGUCUAUAACAAACAGCUGGUCAUGGCGCGUUCCGUGCUUGAUGCAGAUCAUCUUUCCUAUCUGCCAGCUGAUAGGACUGUUCAUCAUGCCCGAAAGCCCUAGGUGGCUUGUUUCUAAAGAUCGCUCUGGGGACGCGAAAGAUAUGCUCACGCGGUACCAUGGAAAUGGAGACCCGAAUAGCGCACUUGUGCAAGAGGAAUUCGGUCAGAUCUGCAGUAAUAUUGUUGCUGAGGCGGAUCUCAAGUCUAGUUCCGGGUGGGGUGCAUUCCUUAAGACCCGCGGGGAUGUACACAGAUUAUCGAUCUGUAUUCUUCUGGGGUUCAUGCAAGAGUGGACCGGCAAUGGUGUAACUUCUUACUACCUCCCACCUAUCCUAGACUCAGUCGGUAUAAAAGAUGCCUUCCACCAAGCAGCAGUUACAAUUAGUCUGCAAGUGUGGAAUCUCGUUUUUGCAAUCGCCGGCGCAAGUACAUCGGAUCGAUAUGGCCGUCGCACACUUUGGCUCAGUGCAACCACACUAAUGAUGAUCUUCCUAUCAACAUCAACAAUCAUGGCUGGUCUCUUUACCGAGUUACGAAUCCAAGAAGCAGGCAUUGCAGUCGUGCCAAUGCUUUUCCUCUUCUGCGCAUCAUACGAUUUCGCAUACAUGCCUCUAUUCAUCGCCUACCCUGCUGAAAUAUUACCUUUUCAACUCCGUGCCAAGGGUCUUGCUAUCACGUUAACAACGGAUUCUCUCGCUUGUUUCUUCAACCAGUUUGUCAAUCCGGUGGCAUUCAAGAUUCUUCAGUGGAGGUAUUUUGCCAUUUAUAUUGGUUGUCUGGUAUUUUUCUUGGCUGUGGUUUAUUUCCUUUUCCCUGAGACGCAGGGAAGGACUUUGGAGGAUGUGGCGCGGGUUUUUGAGAAAGAGAAGAUUGUCGAGUUGGCUUCUCCGAUUGAGUCGGAGGAGUUCAAGGAUGCAUCGGUUACUGUGAAGGGUGAGAAAUGCGUGUAG